AUGUUUUCUUGUUUCUGUUUCAGCAUUCAGGAUAGCUCCUUCAACACGACAGCUUCAGCAAAUUGUGAUGGGGAUUCAGACUGUGAAGAUCAAGCAGGCAGUUCCAGCCCCAGAGUUGAUGAUAACAAAGAAAAUUAUCUGGACAAUGCUACUGUUUUAGAGGAAAAGCAACUGUCUCUGCAAGAUACUCGGCAGCACCAGCGGCAGGUUGUCAUUGACAACACUCUAAAGCCUGAAAUGGGCAACUUAAAGCUAAGAAAACCUAGGCCCAUUGCAAAGCUAGAAAAUGCAAAAAGCCAUGAGGAAAGUCAGGAGCUGGAAAGUGCAUUGCCAGGCCUCUCAGAGUGGCAACAGAAGGCUGGAUCCUCAGCUAAGGACUCUACACAGAAUGUGGCUUUAAAAAGCCAGGAAGCAAUCGUGAGAUGGCAACCAAGAAUAGAUCAGAACACAUGCAUUUCACCAAAAGAAGCUACUGAGCAAUUUUACAGCUUAAAUGAGAAUUCUUUGUUGAAGCUACAAGCCCUUGAAACCGAUCUGUGCUCUGCAUUUCUGCCAACCCAGGAAGAAACUCCUCAGCUGCCAGCACCCAAGGAUCCAUCCCCUUCAUCAGUCCAAACCAGUGGCCAAGCUGAUGGGGCCAGUUGUGGAGAGCCUGUGCCAGCCCACAGAGACUGGCAGAAUGACAUGGACAGCAGCCCACAGGAACAUCACUCCCUGGGGACCAGUCGACUGCUGUAUCACAUUACAGAUGGAGACAACCCUCUUUUGUCACCACGCUGCUCUAUCUUUAGCCAAAGCCAGAGAUUUAAUCUAGACACAGAGUCUGCACCUUCUCCACCAAGUGCUCAACCUUUCAUGAUGCCAAGGAGUUCUUCUAGAUGUAACUGUGAAGAGUGCAAAGAACCUCAAACAGUAGCACAACUUACCAAGCAUCUUCAGAGUCUCAAGAAAAAGAUUAGGAAGUAUGAAGAAAAGUUUGAGCAAGAAAAAAAAUAUCUGCCGUCACAUGGUGACAAGACUUCCAAUCCUGAAGUUCUGAAAUGGAUGAAUGAUUUGGCGAAAGGUCAUAAGCAGCUCAAAGAGCUGAAACUCAAAAUGUCAGAAGAACAAAACUGUACCUCAAGAGCACCCCAAAGAAAUGGUCAUUGUGAAAGCACUGGGACCUCUAAUGAGGCUGAGACACAGGAGGCCACAAGCAUGGAACCAUCCUCAGUAGAAGAAACCAUGGACAGCGUUUUGAGAAGAUUAAAGGAGAAAAGACAACACUUUAACCUUCCUGAAGCUGUCAAGGUAACUAAGCAAGAAAAGAGUCUCAUGAAACCUCUUUACGACAGAUACAGAAUUAUCAAGAAACUUCUCGCAACUCCAUCUUUGAUCACAACAAUUCAGGAGGAGGAAGACUCAGAUGAAGACCAUUCUCAAAACAGCCAUGAGUUGUCAUCUGGCCCAGUAUCUUGCCUCCCUGUUGAUGAGCACCUGUGUUACCCUCAGGAGGAGAGUGAGCCUGCCUAUGUGUCACUUCUGGAUGAAAAGAAAGGUUUCAGGCAAACAGCCUUGUCUAUGUCCAAUUUACAUGAGGCAACAAUGCCUGUCCUGCUUGAACAUCUCAGAGAGACAAAAGCAGAUAAGAAAAGGCUUCGUAAAGCUUUGAGAGAGUUUGAGGAACAAUUCUACAAGCAGACAGGAAGGAGUCCUCAGAAAGAAGAUCGGGUGCCGAUGGCCGAGGAAUACUCUGAAUACAAGCACACGAAAGCCAAAAUUAGGCUCUUGGAAGUUCUCAUCAGUAAGCAUGAUAUUUCCAAAACGAUUUGAAGUUAAUGCAAUGCUGUGGUAUUGUUCUCUAGAAAAACAACAAGUAAACACACAAGUAAUGAAAGAGAGAAAGUAAUUUUACAGGUCUUGGUCUGCUGCACAGUUAUUUGACACACUGAGAUUUUUGAUGCACUUUACCAGUUAUGCUAGCUGGGAUGAGAGAGGAGAGGAAUAUGCAAGAAUAUUACGCAUGGGUGAGUGGACUAUAGUAUAUCUAUUUUUCCUUUUGAAAAAUCCUUGAAGUGCACUGUGAGAAAGUUAGAACUUAAAAAGGACACUGAAGUAUUGUAGAGUCUCAGUUUGACCUGCUUUUUAGAUUUAAAAAGUGUGAGGAAAU